CAGUCUGCUCUAUCCGCUGGUUGCGUGCGGUUCUCGUUCUCCGCCAGAGCUUGUUAGUAACUGAUUGUAACUUUCAGUUAGUAAACCGUCUUUUUUUCACGCGAAAAGCGCUCGAGCCUCUUAAGCAGGAAACUUUUAAAGUGCAGAACGCAGUGCUGACAGCAUGGAAACGGAGUCGCUGAAUCGGAAGAACUCCUCGCGGAAGAGUUCGAUUGUGAAUGGAAACGGGAGUGGAGAUGCCUCCGCGAAGUUGACCAAUGGCGAUGGGGGGGAUGGUGGCGAUGGAGGCGGCGGAGGUGAAGUGACCCUGAAGGCCAAGAUGAGUCUGCUCAAUGGCUGCACGGUCAUCGUGGGCUCCAUCAUCGGAUCGGGCAUUUUUGUGUCGCCCACGGGAGUGCUAAUGUACACAGGCAGUGUUAACCUGGCUCUCAUCGUAUGGGUAAUUUCCGGACUCUUCUCGAUGGUGGGUGCCUAUUGCUAUGCAGAGUUGGGAACGAUGAUAACCAAGUCGGGAGCUGACUACGCCUACAUCAUGGAGACCUUCGGACCCUUCAUGGCCUUCAUCCGCCUGUGGAUCGAGUGCAUGAUCGUGAGACCCUGUUCGCAAGCCAUAGUGGCCCUCACUUUCAGCACGUACGUCCUGAAGCCCUUCUUCCCGGAAUGUUCUCCGCCGGAGGAUUCAGCCCGCCUACUCGCCGUUUGCUGCAUACUCGUGCUAACCCUAAUCAACUGCUGGGAUGUUAAAUGGGCGACCGCUGUGCAGGAUAUCUUUACGUAUGCCAAACUGCUGGCCCUGUUUGUCAUCAUUGCCACUGGCAUAUACCAACUUUCACUGGGCAAUGUGCAAUACUUUACUUUCGAGAAUUCGGACACUAAAGUAACCUCCAUUGCAUUGUCCUUCUACUCCGGUCUCUUUGCUUACAAUGGAUGGAACUACUUGAACUUUAUUAUUGAGGAGCUGAAGGAUCCCGUCAAGAAUCUGCCCCGCGCCAUUGCAAUCAGUUGCACGCUGGUCACUGUGGUCUACGUCAUGGCGAAUGUGUCCUUCUACACCAUUUUGUCGCCGGAUGAGGUCCUGGGUUCCUCGGCCGUGGCAGUGACAUAUGCGGAGCGGGCCUUUGGCAUGCUGGCAUGGACCAUUCCAGUGUUCGUGGCCUUGUCUACUUUUGGAGCAGUUAAUGGCAUCCUGCUGACCUCCUCGCGAUUGUUUUAUGCCGGAGCCAACAAUGGCCAGAUGCCCGAGAUCCUCACCAUGAUCCAGAUCCAGAGAUUCACGCCCACUCCUGCGGUUUUGGCCAUGGCCUUGCUAUCCAUGUUGUACCUGACAGUAUCUGACAUUUUUGCGCUGAUCAACUAUGUGGGCUUUGCCACUUGGCUGAGCAUUGGAGUGGCUGUGCUGUGCCUGCCCUGGUUGAGAUGGGCCCAACCCAAUCUUCCCCGACCCAUCAGAGUGCCCAUGGUGUUCCCCAUUGUCUACCUGAUUGCCACCAUGUUCGUGACCGUGGUGCCCAUGUACGCCAGUCCCGUGGAGACCGGAUAUGGCAUCCUGAUGAUUCUGUCCAGCAUACCCGUCUACCUGGUCUUCAUCGCCUGGAAGAACAAGCCUAUUUGGUUCCAAAAGACCAUGGGCGGACUAACACAAGUUCUACAGAAAAUGAUGAUGGUUGUGCGUCCCAAAGCGGCGUCAAAGUAAGCCUCACCCGAUUCCUACAGAAACUGCUCAUGGUACUCGGCAAGCAGACGAAACCAGCUCAGGUGUAAAAAGUACAGAAAGUUUGGGAAUGUUUGGAAAGAAUAGCAGAGAUUAGAUUUCAAGUUAGCCAAGAGCAGAGAAAAGCAUUUAUAAGCACACAUUUGAUUGCAUUCUUGCAUUAUAUAGACAACGUAAACGCUUUUGUGUAGCCAACCAAUGAUAUACAUCAAAAACACACGAAAAUUUCUGCCAGCUUCUGGGCGAUAUAUACUAUACACAUAUAUAUUUUUAUAUACCCAGGGUAAGUUGUGUCCAGUAGGUUUACUAUAAAUACUAAAUUAAGGCUCAGCUCUGGUUGCUUGCUUCAUGAAAAGACUGUGGAACAAAACGGAAAAAUUACAAGGGAAACAAGUUGUCCAGUGCUGAACAUUAAUUUGGUUUUUGAUUUUGGCAUUUUUAAUAAAACUGUGCAGGCGUAACGAGUCUAUAGAAUUUUCGAGAAAUUUCAGAAAAGUUAAAUACACUUUUAAUACUGUGAAACCUCCCAUGAAAACUACUAUUAAAUUUACAAUUCUGUUCGAAAGAAAGUCCAAUUUAGCUAUGAAGUAGAAAAGCUAGAAGAACGCUUGAACAUACUCAACAGACGGAUCUACAGAGAAUAAUUUAGAGCACAUUUUGAUUAUUUUUCAUAGAUUUUAGGUGGUUAAGAUUAAAUGGCACUGCAAUGUUAUUUCAGCUGUUUGGUUUAAGUUAAUAUUAUGAUUAGAUUGCUCAGGUUUCAUUUGUGAGAGACCUUCCUGUACAAUCCUGGUUGAAUCUAGCUUACCUCACGAAUACAAAAACCAUCGCCUAAUACACAUAUCCAACAAGAGAAACGAUUUAAAGUUGUUUAACGAUAACAGGAACAUUGCCAACAUACAUAUUGAUAUAUAUUGAGAAUAACACUAUAUGCUAAUUGUUGUCUAAUUACGUAUACCAAUCGAAUUGAAUUGAGCUAGCAUUGAUUUUGAACAUUCAUUAGUUGUUGUUGCUUUGAGUGUUUGGCAUUCAGUGUUAUUCUAAACAAAAUAUUAUUGCCUAUUUAGCAUUCAACUAUUUAACUGUUACACAUAAAGGGUAUGAAGCCGCAGCUGGGGAAUCUGUUUAACUACUAUGAAACAUAUUGUUGACAAUAAUAAUGUAUUUAUAUAUAAAUGUAUAUUAUAUUAUAUGUAUACCCUUAAAACUGUCUUUCUGGAAAUAAGAACGAUAAAGUAAACAGAA